CAGCGCCGUGGACACCUCAUACACUCCGAUAGCUGAUGACCUAUCUGCAAACAUCGCGCCGCCCCUUCCUUUUUCUCCAUCUUGGAUUCCGGUGCGGUCCUGUCUGCAUCUGGAUAUUAAAAAAACAACAUGCCUGGGCGAUUGUGGUGCAAAGCUACCUUUGCUGGCUAUAAGCGAGGUCUAAGAAAUCAGAGAGAGCACACAGCCCUCCUUAAGAUUGAAGGAGUCUAUGCCCGCGAUGAAACAGAGUUUUACCUGGGCAAGAGAUGCGCCUAUGUGUACAAAGCAAAAAACAACACAGUAACUCCUGGGGGUAAACCUAAUAAAACCCGUGUAAUCUGGGGAAAGGUCACACGCCCUCAUGGGAACAGUGGCAUGGUCCGUGCCAAGUUCACCUCAAACCUGCCUGCCAAGGCUAUGGGUCACAGAAUUCGCGUGAUGCUUUACCCAUCCAGGAUCUAAAUAUUGUUUAAUAAAAGACAUUUCUGGA